AUGGCGGAGUCGCAGGAAAGUUUGGAUGAAGGAGAUUCUAAAGGUCAUUUUGAACUAGACGGGCGUGGGAAAUCUGGUUCGACAGUUGACGUUGCACAGACACGAAGUACCUCAGGGCCCCCGGAAUUGAAAGAUGUUCUCGAGGAGGGUAUUGGGGACCCCCAUGGGGUAACCCAGCAGCUACAGGAACCCGCUAAGAAAGCAGGAAUGUGGGACAAAAAGUUUGUAGCUUUUUUUGUUCUUAGUGCACUGGCUGCGUUGGUGCUGUCUGUCAUCGUUGCACGGGGCCGGUACUUGGCUGCCAGACGAGAAACGCCAAAACUUGCAUACACAAUACCAACAGAUAAAAAAGGCCUAAGGGAAACUGUGGAGUUGGUGGAGAAGAAUGCGAAGCGGUUACGAAGCAAAUGGAAUUCAUCCUCUGCAGAAGUCCGCGCCGCAUACAUGAAACUUUAUUCUCCAAAGUUAUUCGUUGAAACUUUCACCGAGAAACAGAACAGGUUGUGGCGUGACAAGUGUUUAGAAGCAAUAAGAUCCCAGUCUCUUCCUGGUUGGGCAGCUGGAAAAACAGAACGACAGGAAUUUGCACUGCGAAGUAUCCUGGUCGCCACCGUGUUCCGCGUUGCAGAGAUGCGCCUAGACCUGUUGGGUGGGCUUGAGGAGCUAGCAAUGAAACACCGAAUUCCUUCGAUAUUUUCUAUGGAUGCAGAAUCCCCACCACUACAACUUACAGAGGAAGAUAAGGCAAACACUGUUUCGUUCCAGCAGUUUAUUAGACGGCUAGAGAAACUUGGGCUUACCGGAGUUGCACAGGAAGGUGACUCGGGGCUGAGAGUAACCUCAGUGCUGGCUGAUGACUUGGCCAGUGCGGUGGAGGUGAAGAUGCGGUAUGAUGCUUCUAACGCUGCAGUAAUUCAAGAAUUUGAAAAGUUUCUUGCAUCUGUACAACAGGCCACGAUCGGGAAAAGUGAGAGCAAAGCGCAACGCAUCGAGAACAUUGUCAUGCCUGAUACAAAAGUACCUUUUCCGGUUCGCAUCUUGGCUCAAGCUGUGAAACGAGCAGAGGUAAGAAGAGGCAUUGGGCAACUGUCUUCAUCACAAAUUCAGGAGUGGAGUGGAAAAGCACGGUGGAAUGAUGCAGGCGUAUCUGCUGCUGCCAAGGAUCUUCGAGGUUCGCAGCAGGCAUUUUUUGACUUGGCACUCUAUGGAAAGCAGUCUGAUCUUCGCCAGUGGGGUCACCUAGAAGAUAUAAACUCGUUUCCAACACAUUUAUUCACACAUGCAAUUGCCCUAUUGUGA